AUGGAUCCCCUGACUAUUGCGUACUAUGUCACAGGACAUGGUCUUGGUCAUGCAACCAGAUCCCUGGAGGUCUGUCGCGCCCUUCUUGACCUCGGUCACAGCGUCACCGUGAUCACGGGGCAGCCAGCGGGCUUCUUCCUGCGGGAGCUGCGAUCCCCCAGACUGGCUGUGCGCAAGGCUGGCCUGGAUUUUGGCGCCAAGCAGCAAGAUGCCUUCUCCGUGGACAUGUCAGCUUCCAUGGAGGGGUAUCACAGGAUAGCGGGAGGGGAUCAGAGGGGAACGCUGCUGCAGACGGAGCAGGCCUGGCUAACGGCCACGCGGCCUGAUCUGGUCGUGUCCGAUGUGGUGCCCAUGGCAUGCGCGGCCGCGCGCGCCGCCGGCCUCCCGUGCAUCUGCGUCUCAAACUUCAGCUGGGACUUCAUCUACAGCCAGUACCUGAUGAGCGGGCACAGCUCGUACCGGGGCAUGGUGUGGCAGAUUGCAGAGGACUAUGCAUGCGCGGAUCUGCUGCUGCGGCUGCCGGGCUAUGCUCCCAUGCCGGCCUUUCGAGAGGUGGAAGAUGUGCCGCUAGUGGUGCGCCAUGCGCGCAAGACCAAGGAGCAGGUGUUUACGGAUCUGGGCUUGAGCCUGGACCAGCAUAUGGUGGUGUUCAUCUACGGGGGCCAGCCGCCGGGGGACUGGCACUUGCGAGAAGAGUGCCUGCCCAAGGGCUGGGUCUGCGUUGUCUGCGCUGCUGGCAGCCCCCCGGGCGGCCACCCGCUGCCCUCCAACUUCCUGCUGGCACCCGCAGACGCCUACACGCCUGAUUUGAUCGCGGCGGCGGAUGUGCUGCUGGGCAAGAUCGGCUAUGGGACGGUCUCGGAGUGCCUGGCGCACGGGACGCCGCUGGUGUUUGUGCGCCGCGACUACUUCAACGAGGAGCCCUUCCUGCGCCGCCUGCUGCAGCUUCACGGCGCGGCCGUCGAGAUCCGGCGGCGCGACUUUCUGGAGGGUACUUGGGCCCCCUUCCUGCUGCGCGCCGCUGAGCUGAACUUCUCCUACGACGGGCCCACAAACGGCGCAGAGGUGGUCGCGAGCAAGCUGGAGAUGGCGGCUAGGAGGGGCAGCCAAAGGGGCGCGUCAAGUUCUGGGCAGAUAUCUGCAAACGGGUCCGCGCAAGGUUUGGCGGACAUGCACGGGGGAGAGGGGGGUCCCCAGCGGGCAGGCUCCGUGCGGCUGAGGGACGCCAUCGUUUGGGGGUACAUGAUGCAGCGCCACGACGCGCGCGACAAGGUGGAGGUGCCGGAGUGGUACACGUCGGGGCACAUGCCGCCAACGCGCCAAAUGACAUCCUUCGAGCGCGACAUGGCGGCGCUGCAGCUGCGGCGGGACGAGGCCGCGUCUUCUGAGAACGGCGACGCCCCCGAACGCGCGCCGCGGCAGCCGCCCUGCCUGGAGCAUUGGGACGUCGUCUCCGGGGGCGAUGCCCUCGCCGACUGCUCCGACACGGUUGAUUUUCUGUACGAGCUGGUGCGGCUGGAUGAGGUGGCGGCCCCCUCCGGCAGCGACAGCGAUCGCGAAUCCCCCGGCCGCGCGCCAAACGAGCUGCCGGAACGCCGCGCCGCCCGCGGCCUCUUCCGCUGGGAUGAUGACGUAAUCGUGACGCGCGCGCCGGGGCGGCUGGACGUGAUGGGGGGCAUAGCGGACUACAGCGGCAGCCUGGUGCUGCAGCUGCCCCUGGCGCAGGCAUGCCACGUGGCCGCGCAGACCCACCCGCUGCCCCUGCAGCGCGUCUGGCGCCACAUGCAAUCCCGCCACGAGGCGGAUGGGGGCCCCAAGGCGGCGCUGAGGGUGGUGAGUUUGGGGGCGGACCUGACCAACCGCGGCCCCACCUUCGACAUGGACCUGGCCGAGCUCCUGCGCGACGGCAUUCCCAUCCCCUACGACGAGGCACGCCAGUACUUCAAACGCGAUCCCGCCCACAGCUGGGCGGCAUACGUGGCCGGUGCGCUGGUAGUGCUGAUGCAUGAGAAAGGCUGCCGCUUCACUGACGGCAUCUCCAUCCUGGUCUCUUCCGCGGUGCCCGAGGGCAAGGGCGUCUCAUCCUCGGCUGCUGUCGAGGUGUCCAUCAUGCAGGCGCUCGCGGCUGCGCAUGGGGUUCAGUUGGAGGGCCGCGAGCUCGCGCUGCUCUGCCAGAAGGUGGAGAACUGCGUGGUGGGCGCCCCCUGCGGAGUGAUGGACCAAAUGACAUCAGCGCUGGGCGAGGCGGGAAGCCUGCUCGCGCUGCGCUGCCAGCCGGCUGAGAUGCUGCCGCCCGUCAGCCUGCCGCCCCACAUCCGCCUCUGGGGCGUCGACUCUGGCAUCCGCCACAGCGUGGGCGGGCUGGAUUACGGGACGGUGCGAGCAGGCGCCUUUAUGGGCCUGCGGAUGCUCAGCGGCCUGGCCGAGCAGCUGCAGCGCCAGAGCUCCAUGCGUGGGGGCUACCUGGCAAAUGUGGCUCCAAGCGACUUCUGCCGCAUCUAUGAGCAGGAGCUGCCCGAGUCCAUCACCGGUGCAGCCUUCCUCAAAGACUACUCCGAUCACUGGGACUCCGCCACACAGAUUGACUCGGAUACGACGUAUCUUGUGCGGCAGCCGACGGCGCACCCGGUGAUGGAGAACUGGCGAGUGCGCACCUUCCGCCAGCUCCUGCGCCCGCCCGCCGCCGACGCUUCCAUCAACGACGAUGAUAGGGCGGAACAGCUGGCCAUGCUCGGCGAGAUCAUGUACCAGAGCCAUGCAAGCUACAGCCGCUGCGGCCUGGGCAGUGACGGCACCGACCGCAUUGUGGCGCUUGUCAGGGACGAGGCGGCCGCAGCGGCCGCGCGCGGCGAGCGCCCAGCACUGUACGGAGCUAAAAUCACCGGGGGCGGAUCCGGCGGCACAGUCUGCGUGCUGGGCUCCGCCGACGCAGCGGGCGAGGCUGCGCUUGCAAGGGUUGUCGAGCGAUACGCGCAGUCCACCGGGGGGUACCAGGCGCAGGUUUUCUCGGGUUCCUCUCCCGGGGCAACAAAAUUUGGCGUCCUCCGGCUGCGGCGGAAGACUGCACCAGCCGCCCAGCCCUAAACCAACGCAUGCUUUUCCAAAAACGCAUCUCAGGCAAAAGAAAGUAAGCAUUUUUGCUUGUCUGCCUUUGAGCAGACUGGGGUCUCAGCCUUUUUAGAAGCCUUCACGGCUGUGAGUAGAGUAGACGAGGAAUUGACCUGCAGGUCUCCUGUGAUUCAAACUGCUCUUUCUCACGACAAUUUUAAUCAGUGGGUCUGCAGGUGUCUUAAGUGAAGAAAUGCAAGCUGCAGCUCUCUGUAUGUCUACUCGUUUAGUAGGAACUGUCCUGUGGCACCUGUGCGUGUGUGCAGAGAACAUGUAGCAUAGGAGAUGUUUUGCAUCCCAGUCAAGUGCUCUUGAGACCAAUUGUCUUUUGUGGCAGGCAUAUCCCGCCUACAUCCUGAAUGUGCAAAUGCAUGCUGUAAAGGAACUAGCUUGACGC